GUUCUUACUGCGGUGUUGGAACAUUCCACAACGUGUGACUCAUGUUUUGCAGUUUCACGACCAACUUUGAUUUUUCGCAGGGCCCAUGGACUAACUUCUCCUUUGCAUGCGAAAAUACUUACUUCUGCCAAUCAACCGAUCAAGUAUGACUCUAGUCUCAAAUGAUCCCAGUUGGUGGCCGCUUAUCAAUGCGAAUCUCAUUAUCAGCUACUUUGCAGUUACUGCCUCUACUGGGGUGUUGUAUGAUUGGGCAUUGACACUUGGACAAGAAGUCGAACUGGUCUGGAGGCAACAAUGGUCCCUGAUGACUGUCCUGUACCUCAGCUCGUCUUUCAUGAUCAGCACAAUCUUAUUGAUUGAUGUUCCGACAAUCCCGGUGACAGAUGUAGUGAGCCAUGUUAUAUACGUCACACUAGAAUGGACCAGUGAGGUCGUGAAUGUAAUACUGGGCGUCAUCAUGAUUGCUCGGUUAUAUGCCAUGUGUCAGCGAUCCAGAAAGGUGCUGAUGUUUCUCGUUGUCAUCUUCCUGGCUGUUACCAUCACCAACGAAGUAGUCAGCGCAUUAUCAACGAGGUAUAUUUCAGGGGAGGAGCUCAUUCUGUCUGGCACUUAUCAGUGCACUAUUGUCCUUGAGGGAGAUAGCAUACUUCUGAGCACCAUCACUUGGAUACUUGGCAUUGUAUGGGAGGUCCUCGCAUUGUGUCUCGCAGUCUGGAUUGCUGUACAACACUUCCGCGAACUGCGACGCCAUUUGGCAGGAGGAAUUAUCGGGGACUGUUUCAUAGCGUUAAUGCAAACUCACAUGAUUUACUUUGCGAGCUUUCUUGCUAUUUCUUGCCUCAGGCUUGGUUUUUUGUCUCCGACGAUCUUAGCGGACCCAUAUUCCACAGGAACUCAGAUUUACACGGGUUUUGUUCAAAUUCUCCAGCUCGCGCAGAUGUUUGUGCUGGGACCACGCCUGGUCCUUGGCGUUCGAGAAUAUAAAGCCAAGCUCGUGGCUGACUGUGAUGCAGAAAUCGGCAUGAGUUCAAUUGCCUUUCAGGAGCGCGUGCAUGUGUCAACUAGCAGCAGUGUAUAGCGCGAGAAAUGCUCGAUGUGAUUAACAUUCAUUAGGUACUUUGCUAGGAGCGGGAUUUUUUGUCGUUGAAGUUUCGUCUUGGUACUUAUAUAAGUUAUUCGGUCUUCCAAAGUAUAUUUAUUAGUGUACGACAGUCAUGUUAUGCAUUGUUACACUGUCACAGGGAAUAUAUUCAGAGGC